AUGUCCUUAGUGGACCUAGGGAAGAGGUUGCUGGAAGCGGCUCGCAAAGGCGAAGAUGACGAAGUGCGGAAGCUGAUGGCGAGCGGUGCUCCCUUCACCACCGACUGGCUCGGGACGUCGCCCCUUCACCUCGCUGCCCAGUACGGCCACUACUCGACAGCAGAAGUGCUGCUGCGAGCUGGCGUCAGCAGGGACGCCCGGACGAAAGUGGACCGGACGCCGCUGCACAUGGCCGCGGCCGACGGACACACUCACAUUGUGGAGCUGCUCAUCCGGAACGGGGCCGAUGUCAACGCCAAGGACAUGCUGAAGAUGACGGCGCUGCACUGGGCGACAGAGCACAACCACCGCGACGUGGUCGAGCUGCUCAUCAAGUACGGGGCCGACGUCCACGCCUUCAGCAAGUUCGAUAAAUCGGCUUUUGAUAUCGCCUUGGACAAGAACAACGCGGAGACGCUGGUGAUGCUACAGGAAGCGAUGCAGAACCAGGGAGACGCUCAUCCAGAGAGACCGAAUCCCGUCACCAACACCGUGACUCUCACCUCACCAUUUAUUCUCACGCCAGGGGAAGUUUUCGAUCUCACUGGUCUGGUCUCUUCAGCAAACUCCAAAACAACCUCAGGGGACUCGCCCGUCUCUACGGUGCAGUUUUCCAAUUCGACGACGUCCGUCCUGGCCACGCUCGCGGCCCUCGCCGAAGUGUCGGCCCCGCUGUCCAACGCGAGCGGAGACCCAGCCGGCGGCCUGAAAACGGCCACCCCCGCCGGCGGCCUCGGCCAGCCCUUCCUCCUCACCGUGCAGGAUGGGCAGCAAGUUUUAACUGUCCCUGCUGGUCAGGUGGCAGAAGAGGCUGUUGUUGAAGACGGAGGUGACGCAGACGGCGAGGAGAAGCCGGCGGCCAAGAAGCAAAAAGUGGAACAAAGUGUAGAUGACUCGGAGGAAGCCAAGGACAGCGUCGAAAGGGAAGCGCUGGAGCAGCAGCUGCAAGAGGCGAACCGGAAGGCUCAGGAGUAUCGCAGCCAGCUCUUGAAGAAAGAGCGAGAGGCGGAGGAGUACCGGCUGAAGCUGGCAGCCAUGGCGAGGCAGCAGCCCAACGGGGCGGAGGUGACGGUGCUCGAAGAGGUCGCCGAGGUUGACCCGCUCGUGGUAACCUCGGAAGACAUCAAGGAAUCCGUGCUGUCCAUGCUGGAAACGGAUCAGCCGACUGAUAUCGCCGUGGAAACUGUAACCUCCUAA